AGCUUGUUACUACGCUUCUUGGGAUCAAUAUAAGCCGAAUGACCAGAAAUUUAUGCCCCAAGAUAUAGAUCCUCAUUUGUGUACACAUAUUAUUUACGCGUUUGGCUCUAUAACGUCUAAUUUUGGCAUCACUAGUCAGGAGUGGAACCAUAAAGUUUUAUAUACGGGCCUCGUUAAUCUGAAGAAAAUUAAUCCCGAUCUGAAAAUAUUAUUAUCCAUCGGAGGAUGGAGCUUCAAUCAAACCUAUUUUAGCAAAUUGGCAGGCGCGAAAGCCAAUAGCGGCAUCAAAACAAAGUUCAUCAAAGAGUUCUUGAUUUACCUGCGAGAAAAUGGACUCGAUGGAUUGACUAUAGAUUGGGAAUUUCCUGGGAUACCAACCAGGGGAGGGGACGCCUUUCACGACAAAUACAAUUUUGCGCAAUUCGUGAAGGAAUUACGGGUUGCAAGUAAAGAGGAAUCCAUUUUGGAAAAUAAGAGCAGACUUUUAAUUACAAUCACGGGCGCGGUAGCUAAUCCUAUGUUAAAUGCGGGGUAUGACGUGGAAAAACUUUCAAAAUACUCGGAUUACAUUUUCUUACUGAGUUAUAACUUUAACGGUUGCUGGGACGAAAUGCGAGAAGUGGGUUACCUUAGUCCGAUAAGGAAAAAUUUCAAUAACUAUGGAAGCGUGGGGUGGGCGAUACAAGAAUGGGAAAAACUGGGUGCCGAAAAGGAAAAACUAGUAAUAGGGAUUGCGGCUUACGGAUACAUUUAUCGCCUCGAGUCUAGAUGCGAUAAAAAUGUGUUCUUCUGUGGAUCUGGGAGGAAAUUCAGGGAAUGCAAAGUUUCCGAACCCACAUUUACUGAGUUAUGUAUCAAUUUUGGUUCUAAUUCCGAAAAUUGGACCCAUGGAUAUGAUGAUUAUGCUGAUGCACCUUUCUCUUAUAAUGAUGCGAGUCCCCCUUUAUGGGUAACUUACGAAAAUGAGAAGAGCGUAGCGGCUAAAACGGAAUAUAUAUUACAAGAAGACUUGGCAGGAGCUUUUAUUUGGCUCAUGUCUGGAGAUGACCCUACCGGGAAAUAUUGUCAGAAAUUCUACCAUCCACAUGCAAAUAAGAACAAGCCUUAUCCAUUAAUUACCGUUUUAAAAAAUGGUUUAAAUAAAUAGUUUAAUGG